AGGGAAUUAUUGGAAUAAUAAUAUUUGGACCAGAAUGGAGAUGAUGUAGGGAGAGAGGAAGAGGGGUGCUGAUGGAGUGUAUAGGUCAGGUGUGGUGGAGAAGAAGAGAUAUGAGGGGUUACAAGCUUUUAGAAACUCGAUUUUGGAGAAUAAGAUCAAGACGUUGAGGAUAGAGACAGCUGAUGUCAAUAAUCCACGGCCUCAAAGAAAGGGUUGUUUGCCCUCCUUUGCUCCUUCUCCAUUUACUUUAAACGUGAAGAAGAGUCUAAACAAAGGGAGGAGGAACAAUCAGAAAAUUCGUGAGGUUCAAUCCCAAAGAGUGUCUCCCGUCAGGGAGCACUCUUUGGCAAUCUUUCCCAUGAAUUUGUUUAAAGUUCAGCACUCUAAAGUGACUCCAAAGAAGGUCAAGAGCAUCACAUUAAAAUCAUAAGUUAAUGAAGCAAUGUUUUAGCCCUUGAAAAUUAUGAAUGAGUCUCAUUGAUAAAUGAACCUGUAAUGUCGGAAUUGGCAGCCAUGCAAAGAUAGAUAGAGUUUACUUAGCAGAUGGUAAAAACAAUAGGAGAGGAGUUAAGAUCCAUUCUAUGACACCACUGUUGAAAGAUGAAAUUGGCUUUCAUCGAAGUGUUGAUCAUAAAUUCAACUGAUUGAAAAAUGACUUUCUGAAAUCAAGGCCGCUCUAAAUCCUCAAAUUUUCAAAUCUUCCAAAACUACAACUAAACCCACCCAGGAUAAACCCCAGUUUCUAAACCCUCAAAAUCAGCCCUAACAGUCUACAGACAUCUCUUAAUCCUAUUAAGACCAUAAAUCUCUCAAUCAUUACCCCAAAACCUUUCAAUAUCAGCCAAAUAAUCACCCCUGAAUCACCAAACUCAGCCAAAAAGUGUCUAUCCACUUUGACCCAAUCAUCCAUUCCAAAAAUCCCAAAAUCUUUCCAAAACCAAAACCUGAAUUAACAUAAAGAAGAAGCAGAGAGCCCAUCAUUCGAUGCUGGGGAGGCCAAAGAACCAGCCCAGACUUGUCUCGAAUAGGGCGGAUAAUAGUGAAAAUUCAAGAAAAGUUUUAGAAAUGCUGUCCCGUGUGUCAAGACAGAGCUUUAGAAAUAAAUUAAUAAUACUCUCACAGAGGAAAGAGAGCCUGAAGAAAGAAUAUGCAAAGAGAGGAGGGAUGGAAUACUUGCAGAAAGUCUGAAAACGAAUUUUGGACAAGAGAAAGAAUGAAUCUGAGUUGAGCAAGGUGACUCUUGAUCAUAGAAAGCUUUAUUUGAGAAGACGGAGCAAUAACGAAUGGCCAAAACACCAGUAAUCAUACUUCAAUUUCUCAAAUUCCAAAUGGGGUUUUGG